AUGGGCUGCGUCUGCGCAAUUGUCUUCACUUGCUUCUGUGCUGCCUACGGAACUGCUAAGGCCGGCGUUGGCGUUUACUCGACGGCUGUCUUGCGACCCGAUUUGGUUGUAAAGAUUCCGGUUGUGAUGGCUGGCAUUAUCGGGAUCUAUGGCUUAGUUGUUUCCGUUCUUGUCGCGAAUCUACCCUUAUAUACAGGCUUGAUUCAGUUUUGUGCGGGUCUCUCCGUCGGCCUUGCCGGUUUAGCAUCUGGUUUCGCUAUUGGCUUCGUUGGUGAUGCCGGGGUUCGUGGAACAGCUCAGCAGCCAAGAUUGUAUGUCGGCAUGAUUCUGAUACUAUCAUAUCUUCGGGAAAUACGCCGAAUGAGAAGCUAA